AUGGCUUCUAGAUCAGAGGAGGAUCUCUGCUGUCCUGUCUGCCAGGACGUCUUUAAAGAUCCUGUGGUCCUGUCAUGCAGCCACAGCUUCUGUAGAGCCUGUCUGCAGAGCUGGUGGACAGAGAAACCAACAAAAGACUGUCCAGUCUGUAAGAGAAGAUCUUCAAAGAGUGAUCCGCCUCGUAACCUUGUGUUGAAGAACCUGUGUGAGGCCUUCUUACUGCAGAGAGACCAGAGAGCUUCAGCAGGGUCAGAGCUCCUCUGCAGUCUGCACUCUGAGAAACUCAAGCUCUUCUGUCUGGACCAUCAGCAGCCAGUGUGUGUCGUCUGUCUGCAUUCAGAAACUCACACCGACCACAGAUUCAGACCCGUCAACGAAGCUGCACGAAACCACAAGAAGGAACUUCGGGAAUCCCUGAAGCCCUUCCUGGAGAAACUGAAACGUUUUAAUAAAGUUAAAGCAAACUGUGAUGAAACAGCAGAGCACAUUAAGGUCCAGGCCCGACGCACAGAGAGGCAGAUUAAGGAGGAGUUUAAGAAGCUUCACCAGUUUCUCCAAGGGGAAGAGGAGGCCAGGAUCGGCGCUCUGAGGGAGGAAGAGGAGCAGAAGAGUCGGACGAUGAAGGAGAAGACAGAGGCUCUGAGCAGAGAGAUAGCAGCCCUUUCAGACACAAUCAGAGCCAUAGAGAAGGAGCUGAGAGCUGAAGACGUCUCAUUCCUGCUCAGCUACAAGGCUACAGUGGAGAGAGUCCAGCGCCCCCUGCUGGAGGAUCCACAGCUGCCCUCAGGAGCUCUGAUAGACGAGGCCAAACACCUGGGCAACCUGAGCUUCACCGUCUGGGACAAGAUGAAGGACGUGGUCUCCUACGCUCCUGUGGUUCUGGACCCCAACACUGCUGAUCCAGGACUUGUCCUGUCUAAAGAUCUGACCAGCGUGAGACGAGGACAGAGACAGAAAGUUCCUGACAACCCAGAGAGGGUUACCAACUACAACUCUGUGCUGGGAUCUGAGGGCUUCACCUCCGGGACUCACAGCUGGGAUGUCGAGGUUGGAGACAAUCCAGCUUGGUUUGCAGGUUUGAUAGAAGAGUCUAUGCCCAGGAAAGGAGACUUGUUGGAUGGAUUAUGGGUGGUAUGGUUACAUUAUGGUUACUAUGCAGCACAUUGCCCACAUCAACGCACUAGUCUCACACUGAAGAAGAAGCUCCAGAGGAUCAGAGUUCAUCUGGACUGGAACAGAGGACAGCUGACCUUCUCUGACCCUGAUACCAACACACACAUACACACCUUCACACACACUUUCACUGAGAAGCUGUUUCCUUACUUUGACAUUGAGGGAGACGUCCCUCUAAAUAUUUUACCAGCAAAGGUCUCUGUCACACUGCAACAGCACAAAUACAGAUGACGAUGAUGAUGAUGAUGAUGAAUUAGAUGUCAUGUAUUACAGGUAUCACUGUUAAUUUCUUUAGGGUGCUCAUUUUUAGGAUUCUUCAGGCAACACUGAUCUGUCUGAUUUGUAAAUCACUGGAAUCUGUUGGUGAACAUCAUAAACUGUGUC